CAUCCAAAAGCCCCGUGCCUUCCCUGAAUCAACCAUGGUUCCAGUGGCAGAUCCGUGCUCUUUCGCGUCCUUCUCCAAAUGCCUUACUAAGCACUUGAACUUGACCUAUCAAGUAGACUUCGACAACCAUGUCCUCAAAGGAAAGGUCGCCUUGACAGUCGAAGUCCUGGAGGACAAAUUCUCGGUUCUGACCCUUGACACAAAGGACCUGAAGAUCCUCAAGGUGUCAGCCAAUGGUCAAACUGCUAAGUUUGCACUGGGAGCCAAGCACAGUUAUAAAGGCAGCCCUCUGGAGAUCACCCUACCCCUUGAACUUUCUCGCGGGCAGCAUGUGAUUGUGGAGAUUGAGUACGAGACAUCGCCUCGGGCCUCGGCCCUGCAGUGGCUGUCCCCUGCUCAGACUGCUGGGAAAAAGCAGCCCUACCUCUUCAGUCAGUGCCAGGCCACUCACUGCAGGACAUUGGUGCCUUGCCAAGACACUCCAUCAGUGAAGCACACUUACUAUGCCCAGGUGUCUGUCCCCAAGGAGCUGGUGGCUCUUAUGAGUGCAGUCCAGGAUGGACAGGAGCCAGAUCCCAAUGACACCAGCCGAGUCAUCUACCGCUUCAGGCAACCGGUCCCGAUGCCUUCUUAUCUUAUAGCACUUGUGGUGGGAGCUCUAGAGAGCAGGGUGAUUGGGCCCCGGUCCAAAGUCUGGUCUGAGAAGGAGUACGUGGACAAAGCUGCAUUCGAGUUCUCCGAGACUGAGAUGAUGCUGAAAACUGCCGAGAGCCUUGCAGGGCCGUAUGUCUGGGGGCAGUACGACCUGCUUAUUCUCCCGCCCUCUUUCCCUUACGGCGGCAUGGAGAAUCCCUGCCUCACAUUUGUCACGCCCACUCUGCUGGCUGGUGACCGCUCCCUUUCUAACGUCAUUGCGCAUGAGAUUUCCCACAGCUGGACUGGAAACCUUGUGACCAAUAAAACCUGGGAGCAUUUCUGGUUAAAUGAGGGACACACAGUGUAUCUGGAGAGAAUGAUUGGUAGGGCCCUGGAAAGUGAGCAGUUCAGACAGUUUAAAGCUAUGGGAGGAUGGAAAGAGCUUCAUGAGUCUAUAGAACGUUUUGGCGCGAACAACGUCCUUACUAACCUGGUGCCGAGCCUUCAGGAUGUUAAUCCUGAUGACAGCUUCUCCUCUGUGCCAUACGAGAAGGGCUUUGCCCUGCUCUACUACCUAGAAGAGCUAAUGGGAGGCCCAGAGGUGUUCAUGGGCUUUGUGAAGUCCUACAUCCAGCUGUUCGCCUACAGCAGUGUGACCACACAGGAAUGGAAGGACCACCUGUUCACCUACUUCAAAGAUAAGGUGGACCUGUUGAAUAAAGUGGACUGGAAUGCAUGGAUGCACACUCCAGGAAUGCCCCCUGUGAAACCAGAGUAUGAUACCACUCUUGCAGAUGCCUGCAUUGCUUUGGCCCAGAGAUGGCUUAAGGCUAAGGAUGCAGAUCUGGUGGGCUUCAGUGAAGCUGAUAUAAAGCAGUUCUCCUCUCAUCAGCUCAUUGAGUUUCUGGCUUUGUUACUGGUGGAGGACCCUCUCCCCCUCUCCCAUGUCAAGAGAAUGCAGGAAGUGCAUCACUUUAACAGCAUAGCAAACUCCGAGAUCCGUUGCAGGUGGCUGCGUCUGUGUGUCCGAGCGCAGUGGGAAGAGGCCGUUCCCCUGGCUCUCAAGAUGGCUGUUGAUCAAGGCCGGAUGAAGUUCACACGCCCGCUCUUCAGGGACGUAUAUAAUGUGGCCAAGUUCCGUGACGCAUCUGUGAAGGCUUUCAAGGAGCACAGUGCCACCAUGCACCCAGUUACAGCAACCAUGGUGGCCAAGGAUCUGAACGUGGAACACAGCACAGGCCUCUAAGGGCACUUCCUCGCCUCCGCCAGCAGCUCUUCUCCCCUCGCCGCUGCGAGCCACGCGUGGCACCUCUUUGGCCUCACCGCGCCACACAAGCCGAGCUGCCUCUCUGCUUGCUCGGCCCGAUUUGGGCUUCUGUGUAUUGAUGGAUGUAUUUGAUCUCAGGGCUAAUUUCUUCAUUGCAACCUUCAGUUGUCAUGAGCUUGUUUAUUUUGGAAAAUGUCAUGCUGAGCAAUAAACUCCUCCAGUAAUA